GUUGCAUUAUUGUCAAUGUGAGUUACUGUCAGUGUAUCAGACAGUUGAAGUGUAUAAUUUCAAACAGACUUUGAAAUAGUUCACUGAUAUUUACAUGCAUGUGCCCACCAUGCAUUGUUUUCCUAUAGAAAUUAAAAUGCCUGUCAUAACUUGCAGCUACAGUAUAUUGACUUUUGCCAUUUGUUGUCAGUACAACCUCUCAUGCCUGUUUCACACAUAGGCCUAUUUCCAAAGUCGUGUUAAAGUGGUGAUGGGUAAAGCAUUCACACUGCACAAGAAUGUGGUGCAAUGGUCAUUUUCGCCUAUAUUUGUGGUGCUGUAAGUUCAAGCACAAUGUUUGAGGUAACGAUGAGGACUGAUAUAAUAAUGUAUUUAAAGUAAAGUCACUGUACUUUUCCCAGGAUAAAACAUAAAAUGCUAAAUAAACUUGUAAAUUUAAAGUCUGAGUAAACCAAUGUUAAUUAUGUGUUACACCAUAGAAAAACGUGUUAUUAACCACCCAACCAAAUGUAAAUGGCAAGUAAUUAAAAUAAGUUAUCAAAAUCUUGCAGCAUAAUAGAGGUUUUGUUAAUAAAAUAAUUUUACAGGCCGAUGCCCUGAAUGUGAAAAAGGUCAAAACAGAAAAUGCAAUUCCAAAAUCUGCAUCACAUUUAAGAUAAUUACUUAUAACUUCAUUUAAACACUGCUAUCUUCUGGACUGUCAAAUUGACGGAUAAAAGUUUAUUUUAUGUGAUUUAAAUGCUAUUUUAGGACAUUCAUAGAUCUGAUUCUCGAAUUUAAUUGGUCAAACAGAGUGAAUAUUAUAGUUCAUCUUGAGAAAUGUUAUAUUCAUAUUAUAUGAUCAGUGUAUAUGAUACAGUUUUACCAGAAACAUAUAAAUAUGUGCAUUUUAGAUAUGUUUUACUUGAACAUUUUAAACACUUCAGUUUAAUUAAUUUGAUCAGAAUUAAAAGCAGGAAAUAAAAGUUCUCGGUGUCUCGGUACGUUCGUUUCUGAGUGAACACUGACAUCUACUGGUUCAAUCCAGUUUUGCUCGUCUCUGAUAUGAGGAGAUCAAGCACGAGCUACCAAUCACAGUCGUUUGAUGUCGUGACGUGAGUUCGACCUUCUGUGGAGCUGCGCAGAUCAAUCAAAGUGCAACAUCAAAAUACCGCGAGAGGAUUCUAAAGCAUACGAAGCAGUCUGUUCUCGCGUGACGUUGAUGUCAUACAUUUAUCAGUCUGCGCUGCGCCGCAUAGGAAGUCUUAUAAACACACCUUUUAUUUGAUUCCGCCCAGUGAUAGUUGUACUGUAUAAACCGAAACCAGUUUCGAUUGGUACUUGACAAAAGGCGCCAUUUCAGACUUUGAACGUAGGUAAAAGCAGGAGUGAGAAAAAGAUGGCAACAUCCCCAGAACCCAGUUGUGUGUCUAUGAAGAGUAACAACUCCAUGAUUCAGUCAAUCAGUUUCAGUGAUGGAGGAGUGACCUCUGAACCCAGUGUGGAUAAGUCCGUUUUGCUUCAUCCUCAGUGUAAAUGUGAACUGUGUGAGCAAAGUUUGAGAGAUCCAGUCUCUAUCACCUGCGGACACACUUUUUGUAGUCUAUGCAUCAGCAGCUAUUGGGACAAGUCACAUCAGUCAGAAAACUUCAGCUGUCCUCAGUGCAGAAAGAGAUUUAAAACCCGUCCUGUUCCCCAGCCACACAAGGUCAUGGCAGCACCCGGUUCUGCUGGAUUGGCAGCGAAUGAUGUCUUGCAAAGAGUCAAAGACAAACACAAAACCAGCAUGAAGAACAAGUAUGAGAGUCUGUUUGAGGGAAUCAAGCUACGAGAGAAUCAAACCCUCCUGAACAGGAUUUACACACAGCUGUACAUCAUAGAGGGAGAGAGUGAUGGAGUGAAUGAAGAUCAUGAGGUUUUACACAUGGAGAAGAAAAACAGAACACAAGACACUCAGAUUUUCUGUAAUGACAUCUUUAAACUGCAACUAGAAUGUGAGGAAAACAUAAAAGAGAGGACAGAUAAAAUCAAGAGUGCUCUUACAAAAGGAAUCGCUGGAAUUGGAAAAACAGUCUCUGUGCAGAAGUUCUUUCUGGAUUGGGCUGAGGGAACAGCCAAUCGGGAUGUAGAUUUCAUGUUCGUGCUUCCGUUUCGAGAGCUGAACUUGAUUAAAGAUGACCGGUACAGUCUUCACAAACUUCUGCUGGACUUUCAUCCUGAACUUCAAGAUCUGGACUCAAAGAUUUAUGACGAGUGUAAAGUUGUGUUCAUCUUUGAUGGUCUGGAUGAAAGCAGAAUUGAGCUGAAGUUUGCAGACAGUGAGAAAGUUUUAGACGCAACUGAGACUUCAUCAUUGAGUGUGUUGAUGUCAAACCUGAUCAAAGGAGAUCUGCUUCCCUCUGCUCACAUCUGGAUCACCUCCAGACCUGCAGCAACCAAUCAGAUCCCCUCUGAAUACAUCACGCGUGUGACGGAAAUCCAGGGAUUCAAUGAUGCUCAGAAGGAGGAAUAUUUUAGGAAGAGAAUCAGCGAUGAGCAUCAAGCCGACAGAAUCAUCUCGCAUGUUAAAAACGCGAGAAGUCUUCACAUCAUGUGUCACAUACCAGUCUUCUGUUGGAUCUCAUCCACGGUGCUUCAAAACAUCCUGAAUCAAGAUCACAGCGCAGACAUCCCAAAAACUCUGACUGAAAUGUACAUCCACUUCCUGCUGAUUCAGAUCAACAUGAGGAAUCAGAAGUAUGAGGAGAAAGAUGAGAGAGAUCCAGAUGUCCUCCUGAAGUCACACAGAGAAGUGCUUGUGAAACUGUCUGAACUGGCUUUCAAACAGCUGAUGAAGGGUAACGUGAUGUUUUAUGAGGAAGACCUAAAAGAGUGCGGCAUAGACCUCACUGAGGCCUCUGUGUAUUCUGGGAUCUGCACCGAGAUCUUUAAGGAGGAAUCUGUGAUUCAUCAGAGGAGGGUUUACUGCUUCGUUCAUCUGAGCUUUCAGGAGUUCUUCGCUGCUUGCUUUGUGUUUUUAUCUUAUUUACACAAAAACUGUUACGUUCUGAAAAUGUUUCUCAGAGGAACGUACAAAAGCAGGUGUAAGAAUGUUCCUCUUAAUGUGUUUCUGAAUGGAGCAGUAAAGAAAGCUUCAAACUAUAAAAACGGACAUUUGGAUCUUUUCCUACGUUUCCUCUUGGGCAUCUCGCUGGAGUCCAAUCAGAGACUUUUACAGGGUUUCUUGACACACAUGGAAGAAAGCUCAAAGAGUCUUGAGAACGUGAUCCAGAACCUUAAACAGGUUCAAAAAAACAACAUCAGCCCGGAGAGAUGGAUGAAUCUCUCUCAAUGCUUGCUUGAAAUGAAGGACAAUUCGGUUUCGGAAGAAAUUCAGAUUUUUUUACAAUCUGACAGAAAUAAAAACCUGUCUCUUACACAGUGUUCGACUUUGGCAAAUAUGAUCCAGUUAUUAGAGAAGGGGCUGAAGGAGUUGGACCUUACAACGUUUAUCAUUAAAUCAAGGGAUGGCCGCGAGAGGCUGGUGCCAGCGGUGUGGAACUGCAGAAAAGCUGUAUUGGCGAGCUGUAACCUCACUAACAAGAGUUGUGAAAUGUUGACAUCAGCUCUACAAUCCUCAAACUCUCCUCUGAGAGAGCUGGACCUGAGUGACAAUGAUCUGCAGGAUUCAGGAGUGAAGCUCAUCUCUGAUGGACUGAAGAGCUCAAACUGUCAACUAGAGAUACUGAGAUUAUCUGGCUGUAUGGUGACAGAGGAAGGCUGUGGUUAUCUGGCUUCAGCUCUGACUUCAAACCCGUCCCAUCUGAGAGAGUUGGACCUGAGCUACAAUCACCCGGGACCCUCAGGAGUUCAGCUGCUGUCCCAUAAACUGAACGAUCCGAAGUGCACACUGGGCAAACUCAAUGUGGAUUAUGGGGGAAAGAUCAGGAUUACACCAGGACCACAAAAAUAUGUCUGUCAUCUCACUCUGGAUCCUAACACAGCUCAUGCGUAUCUCGUAGUGUCUGAGGACAACAGAUCAGUAAAAUAUGUGAGAGUGGAUCAGCAGUACCCUGAUAAUCCAGAGAGAUUUGAUAUAAAUGCUCAACAAGUGCUGUGUAGAGAGAGUCUGUCUGGACGCUGUUACUGGGAGGUUGAAUGGAGCGGAGAAGCCGAUAUAUCAGUCACUUACAAGGGAAUCGACCGGAAAGGAGAGAGUGACAGUGUGUUUGGACGCAAUGCAGAGUCGUGGAGUCUAACCUGUUCUUGUGACGGAUUUACUGUCUAUCACAAUAAAGAGAGAACACCUGUCCGUUCAGACUCCAGGAACAGAGUAGGAGUGUAUCUGAACUGGCCCGCUGGUACUUUGUCCUUUUACAGCAUCUCUGACAUGCACACACUGAAACACUUACACACAUUUAACACAACAUUCACUGAACCUCUCUAUGCUGGAAUUGGUCUUUAUUUUCUCACCUCAGCAUCACUGUGUUAAACGUUUGUCCUACCAAAUAUGUACAGUUACAGAUCUAGAGUACAGCAAGUUAAAUGGAAUUGUUUAACACAUACUGUAUCAACACUAAUGUAAAUAUGCAAUUGUUUUUACAGUUAAAGUGAUUUUAAGACGAACAACAUGAAUUGUUAAACAUGCAAUCAACCAAAUUAUAUACAAACAAAUGUAUAAUUGGAUAUAAUGUAUAUUUUACACAUACUGUCAGUGGCAGUCUGUUAAUUGUAAAUAAUUAAAUAAAUUGGUACAGUAUAUCA